GCCCCUGCGUCAGCGCGUAUUGCGCGUGCUCUGGCGGGAGGACAGUGAGGAGUAUGGCUGCGUCUUCGAGUGGUGAGAAGGAGAAGGAGCGGCUGGGAGGCGGCUUGGGAGUGGCAAGUGGUAACAGCACACGAGAGCGGCUGUUGUCUGCGCUUGAGGAUUUGGAAGUCUUGUCUAGGGAACUUAUAGAAAUGCUGGCAAUUUCAAGAAACCAAAAGUUGUUACAGGCUGGAGAAGAAAACCAGGUCCUGGAAUUAUUAAUUCACCGAGAUGGGGAAUUUCAAGAACUAAUGAAAUUGGCAGUUAAUCAGGGAAAAAUUCAUCAUGAAAUGCAAGUUUUGGAAAAAGAAGUAGAGAAGAGAGACAGUGAUAUUCAGCAACUACAAAAACAGCUAAAGGAAGCAGAACAAAUACUGGCAACAGCUGUUUACCAAGCAAAGGAGAAACUCAAGUCAAUAGAAAAAGCAAGAAAAGGUGCUAUCUCCUCUGAAGAAAUAAUUAAGUAUGCACAUAGGAUCAGUGCAAGUAAUGCUGUAUGUGCCCCACUAACCUGGGUUCCAGGGGACCCCCGGAGACCUUACCCAACUGAUUUAGAGAUGAGAAGUGGUUUACUAGGUCAGAUGAACAAUCCUUCCACCAAUGGUGUGAAUGGCCAUUUACCAGGGGAUGCACUUGCAGCAGGAAGAUUGCCAGAUGUCCUUGCUCCUCAGUAUCCAUGGCAGUCAAAUGACAUGUCAAUGAAUAUGUUACCACCAAAUCAUAGUAGUGACUUUUUGUUGGAACCUCCUGGGCAUAAUAAAGAAAAUGAAGACGAUGUAGAGAUUAUGUCAACCGACUCCUCAAGCAGUAGUAGUGAGUCUGAUUAAAAAACUGUAAAAGACAAUAUAUAGAAUUGAAUACUGUCAAAUUCUGUUUCUUUAACAGUAGCAGGGUAGGAUAAACUACAGAUGGCAAAGAAUAGCCAGGUAAACAGUGGCUUCGGUAGAAUUGUGCAGCCAUUAAAAGUCAAAAUGAACUUUCUCUUUGAAGCCAAAGAUUAUAGCUUUAGUGUUAAGCCCCUAAUAGUCAAAAUUUACUGUUGAAAAGAAAAAGCAGUGGCUAAGUGCUGUUUACCCUGUUCUGUUCCAGUUGUGCUGGAUUUGUCACCUUCCUCUUCUUGCAGUUUCCCAGAAGUCACUUUUAACCACUUUUAAUUUCUGGUGGUUAACCUCUGUGUUUAAGUAAUAUGCUUAUACAACUAUUUCUUGAUGUAUGAGUUUUAGACAAUGUAUCUUUUUUCUCAUUUCAAAGGUAAUACAACAUAUUAUCAAACAUGUAGUGAAUACAGUAAAGCACAAAGGAAAUAGAGUUGAGGGAAAUGAUCCAUGUACAUAUCACUCAUAGGCUUCCUGGAAUUAUUUAGAAAAGCAUUUUUAAACUGGCAGUGAAUAACUAAAUAGGGAUCAUAUUUUUGUGUGUCAUUUAAAAAUGACAAAAACUCUUAUUUGACAGUAAAGGCUCUUGGCUUCUGUUGGAGGAAUGGGAAGUUGUCUCAAUUUGUACAGUUUGUAAUUAUUGUAAUUUUUGUAAAUAAAUUUACUUUUGUUUGUACUUUG